CAACCCUUUUCUUCUUCUUCUUCUUCUUCCCCCCAAAAGGUAAAGUUCGAUGCUUUCUUCCAAUCCCAUCUUCUCUGAUUUAUAAAGUUCUCGCCUAUCUCUCUUGUUUCUCUCCAAUUUUGAUGCGAUUUGUGUUGUUCUGUUUUGAAUCCCUAAGUUCCCAAUUUUUAUGUAUAAUUCUCGAUUCUGAUGUAUAACAAUUCGAAACGUUUCAUUGGCUAUUGAUAAUCUCAAUAUUGAAUUGUGGUUUCAAUUCUGCAAAUUUUGGAUAUUCAUGACCUGGAGAACAGUAAUUGAUCUGAGGAAUGUGAUCAGUUUGAUUUUGUUUUAUCAAAUUAGUAUUCUUCAGUAGUUCUUCAGGAUUUGCAUGCUUUGCUAUGUUUUGAUUUUUAGGAUUUAGUGGUUUUGGGAUGAAAGCUUGAUUCAAGUUUUCUAGUUUAGAUUACAUGGAAUGAUUUGCAUUAUUUAAAAUCGGUUUUGUUUUCUAAUUUUUUUCAAUGAUCAUUGUAAGCUGGACUGAAUGGUUUAUUACAAUGUGGAUUCAGGUCUUGAAGCUGAGGAAGGCAUCCGGGUUGUGUUUAUGGGUAUGUCGGAGUUAAUUGAUAUAGCUCCUUGUAUCGAUUGGUUGAACGGGCUUGAACCUGACAUGUCGGUGAAGGUCCUGACCUGUUUAGACAAUCCAAAGGAUCUUGUUCAAGUUAGUACUGUCUCACGCACUUGGCAUUAUAUUGUGGUAGAAAAUGGUCUAUGUAAGAAGCUGUGCUUGAGAAUGUUUCCUCAGUUAUCUAGAGUUGCUCAUGUUGUCGAGUUACACGACUCUGAUGCCAAAGAGUGUGCGGAUGUUGGAUCUAGCAAUUCAAAGGAAUGGGACACGUUGGAAAGGGAGCAUAGAGUCUACGCCUUUUUAGCUCAUGCAUGUACAUCUUUCCCUGCUAGUGAUUGCAUUUCAGGGGCAAUCAGUGCUUCCAGCACCGACAAUUUUCCGGAAGAAAGCAUUAACAAUACUCUUUACCCAAGCACGAGGGUUGGGCAGAGAGCUUCAUACUGGUCAAGUAAAGGCCAAAAGAACCCUGCAGUGCCUGAGAUGCUGACUUACAAGUUGAAGUCUGAUCUUAUUAUAAUUACUGAAAUCAACGUACAUCCUUUCCAAGCUUACUUCCAGCGUGGACAACCCAUAUAUUCUGCCGCUGGCGUUCGAUUUCAUAUGGGGCAUGCCAAAUUCCCUAUUGAUGUAGAGAGUGACCCAAUGAAGGAAUCAUGCCAUGAUGACAAGUUUGAGUGGGCUUACACUUCACAAGUGUUCCCAAUGGCUCAGAAGGACUGCUUGCAGACUUUUAAGCUUCCAGAACCAGUUCUUUGCAUAGGUGGAAUUUUGCAGAUUGAGUUAGUCGGGAGGGUUCAGAGACAAGAAAUGGAUGACCUGUUCUAUAUAUGUGUGUCUCAUGUUGAAGUCAAGGGGAAAUCACUAGGACCUGCAUUUAGUGUUGAAACCAAUGUACCAUCUGGGUUGUUUGUGUUGAAGAGACAAACCAAGUUCAACCAACCAAGCUCACCUGAGAACAAGUUCAAUGCUAAUUCCACUGGUGAUUUGGAGAGACACGUUAGAGAAAUGCUUCCCAUUGUGCUGCAUGGAAAUGUAGUGGAUUUUGAGGAAUAUUAUGAAUGGGAUGAUGCCGAUUAUGAGACAGACGAGGAGUUCGUGGUCUAAAUCAUUUGUGGUUAUGAUUUUUCAUUGUUCAUUUUUUCUUUUUAAACUCAGCUUCUAUCCUGCUUUGAACUGGAUAGCAGCUCCAUCUGUGGCUACUUUUCUUGAGCGCUAGACUAUAGUGAGAGUGAGAGUGAGAGUGAUGGUGUCAUAAACUGUCGGUGUAGCUAUCUACUUAAGGUAUUAUCGUAUUAUACAAUUAGCAAUUGUUAUAUUAGGUAUGGUAAUAUUAAGAAUCAGUCUGCUGAUGCUCUGGGUUUUGGAAGGUGUCCAACAAACCUGUAAGGUCAUCCUCGAUUCCAUUCUUAAUAUUCCUUGUAACCAACCCUGUAAAUGUAUGUCUGCCAAAUCUUUACCUAUGAAGUUUUGUAUUCUGAUGUCAAAAUGCAUAGUUCCAUAAUUACGGAAGUUUGAUGUG